AAAAAAAAGCUUUUUUUGGGUGGUGAGUGGGUUUGGGAGCAGUGAAGAAGGAUCGAGGAAGAAUGGUUAGAACGUUGAUUCAUCUCCGUCCCUUUCCAACCAUUUCUCCUCUGUUACCUCCUUCUCUCACCAUCUCCUCUGCUCUCUCUUCUUCUUCUUCUUCUUCUUCUUCAACGACGCAACACAAGCUUUGGUCAGGUCUCGACGAUUGGAGAAAGAGUCCUGUCAAUGACCACCGUCUAUGGGGGCCUACGGGUCCUCUCCUUUCUACUUCUUCUACUUCUGAUUCCCUCUCCUCCGGCGCCCACGGUCUGGUAUCGGCGGCGUCUUCUCUCGCCGAUCUCGGAGCUCUCGUGCUCUCAACCUCCGACCCUCUCUCCAAAUCACAUAUCUCCCAUUUAGCUUUCUCCCGCUGGCGCCGUGAGAAUCUCCCUGUUGGCUCUGUCUCUCAUCUCCCUUCUUCUCCCGCUCGCCCUCCUAAACCCCUCCUCGUUCCCACCAACGAAGUUCCAAAUCCGAAAGACUCGAAGCUUCCUCUCAACGCUCAUAUGCUCCAUAACCUCGCUCAUGUCGAGCUGAAUGCAAUUGAUUUAGCUUGGGACACUGUUGCUCGUUUCUCCCCUUUCUCUGACCUUUUGGGUCACAACUUCUUCGAUGACUUUGCUCAUGUUGCUGAUGAUGAGAGUCGCCAUUUCUUGUGGUGUUCCCAGAGACUCGCGGAGCUUGGUUUCAAGUAUGGCGAUAUCCCAGCUAAUAAUUUGCUGAUGAAGGAAUGCGAGAAAUCAUCCAACAAUGUCGCUGCUCGCUUGGCUGUUAUCCCUCUUGUACAGGAGGCUAGAGGACUUGAUGCUGGUCCAAGGUUGGUCAAAAGGCUGAUGGGAUUCGGAGAUCAUAGGACUUCAAAAAUCGUGGCUAAGAUUGCUGAGGAGGAAGUUGCACAUGUAGCUGUUGGCGUAGACUGGUUUGUCUCCGUGUGUCGAAAGAUGAACCGUGCUCCUUGCCCUACAUUUAAAGAUCUGAUCAAAGAGUAUGGUGUUGAGUUAAGGGGCCCUUUUAACCACUCAGCUCGGGAGGUAGCUGGCAUUCCACGAGACUGGUAUGAUCCAUCAUUUGGUACGGAAGUGGAUGAAGGCGGUAACAAACAGGGUGACAAGGAGCAACUUUCUAAGGUGUGUUUCUUCGUUGUUCAUGUCCACAUAGCUAUGCUUUUGGUCGGGUUUACGAUAGGCUCACUCACAUAAUCUCAAUGGAGAGUGAGAAUUCAAGUCUCGAAAGGCCAGCCAAAUGAAAGGAUGCGGUCUCUGAUUGAAUGGCGUUAUAACCUGAUGAAGAAUGUGUUGGGCGUAGUAUCUUGGUCUCUGAAGAUUAAUGUUGUCUUAAGAUGGGAUCUUCUGUUUCUGGGGAUUUCUUAGAUUGUUGUUAGGAUGCUUAUCGCAUCUUGGUUACUGUAAUAGUGGAGACUCGCAUUAGAGUUGAUCCAGGCAACCAGUUUAUGUUAUGAUCUUGCUCACAUCAAAGAAACCGUGUUACUAUAA